UGCCUGUUCGCGCCGCCGAGGCUGGACGGGGACGAGCUAAAGCGCGAUCGCGACGAGAUGUUCGCGACGGCGAGGACGAAAUUGGAUGACGAAAACGAAGUUCACCUCGCGGUGCUCCACACGCUGUACACGCGCUUGAUGGGGACGGACCGCGCGAUGCCGAGGUACGGGAAGCACUGGGAGGACGUCGGGUUCCAGGGUUCGGACCCGGCGACGGACUUGAGAGGCUGCGGGAUGCUGGGCCUGACGCAGCUCCUGUGCCUCGUGACGCGGUCGUUUACCAACGCGGCGGCGAUACACGAGCUUUCCAGGGACUCGACGCAGGAGUUCCCCAUGGCGCCGCUCAGCAUCAAUCUGACGCACACGGCGUUAAAGGCUGUGCGCAGGGGUUUGCUGAACAAGGAGGCGAAGAGGCUGGGUUCGGUGUGGGCGGCGGCGGAUGCGUUUUAUUGCGGCGCGUUUUACGAGUUUUACCUUCGGUGGCGAGACGGCGGCAAGACCAUCAUGGACAGCGGGCACGUGA